GACAAUGCACAUUCACCGCAACGACGAGUUCAGUGCAACACAGCAACCGUAUGGGACCGAGGCCAUGAGCUAGUAGCCACCCGGAACGGAGCACGAGAGACGAGAAGUAUACGCGCAGCUAGUAUCAGCAUUGACGGUGUAUUUGAAUGGACGAGAGAACACUGUAUGCCCUCCGCGACAGCUACAAACAAGGCGCCGCGUCGACUUGGACAUCACAUCACGAACAAGCCAUCACAGAGCCAUACACUUACCUCCUACAUAAUCGCGGCAAAGACAUCCGUUCAACCUUACUACAGGCUUUCAAUAAAUGGCUGCAGAUAUCAACAGAAGACCUGCAAGUUAUUCUCGAUGUUGUUGAGAUGCUGCAUACGGCAUCACUCCUCAUCGAUGAUGUUGAAGAUGGGUCCGAAUUGCGGAGAGGUCAACAGGCAGCGCAUCUGAGGUAUGGCGCUGCACGCACCAUCAAUGCUGCCAAUUACAUCUACUUUUCCGCGUUACAGCGGUUGCGCACCUUGAAGCAAGAUGCGCUCAUUGUGCCCAUCUACGAGGAGGAGCUGCUCAAUCUACACCGAGGGCAAGGACUCGAACUCUUUUGGAGAGAUGGCACAGACUUAUCGUCAAUGUGUCCGACCGAGGAAGAGUACAUUGCUAUGGUCAAUGACAAGACGGGUGGUCUGCUACGCCUCGCUAUUCGGCUCAUGCAAGCCCUGUCCCAUAACAGAACAGACUAUGUCCCGCUUGCCAAUUUAAUUGGCAUUCUCUUUCAGAUACGAGACGACUAUAUGAACCUCGCAUCAUUACAGUACGCAAGCGAAAAGGGAUUCUGCGAAGACUUGACGGAAGGCAAGUUCAGCUUCCCAGUCAUCUGUGGGAUUCGGCAAGAAGUUCAACAAUGCAACGUAUCGCGUAUACGUGAUAUUCUUGCUGCAAAGACAACGUCCGUGUCGCUCAAGCUGGAAGCAUGUCGGUUACUUCAACAAACAGGUGCAAUGCAACAUACAAUUCAGGUCCUUGCGCAAUUUGACGCAUUUUGUCGCAUGACGAUACAAGAGUCUGGCGGCAAUGGCAUGCUGGAACGCAUUCUCGACCAGCUGAGCGUACAGAGCGACGGUCUGAGCGAUCUCCAAUCAGUCAUUGACUUGUUUGAUGGUAAAGCAGGUACGAUCGAAUCUAUACUACCUUGAAACUCUUUAUUACUUGCUCAUGUCAACCACACAACGCAGGCAAUCGCCUUCCUUCAUUGCUUCAAAGCCCUCAUUGAUACUCGUCAGCGUCUUGCGAUGCGUCACGUACGUCUCAAUGUCAAUCUCACCACGAAGCGCUUGAUCCACAAGACCAGGCAGCUCGGUACGGCCCUUGACACCACCGAAUGCAGAUCCAGUAAUUUGACGACCCGUGACGCACA